GCGUGAGGGCGAGGGCACCAUGGACGCGCCGUUGCCGCCGCGCGAGUCGGCGAGGUUCGUGGCCGAGCACAGUCGCGACGUGUUCGUGGACCGCGAGGGCGUGCGCAGGGCGGCGGAGCUGCUGCUGCCCGCGGCCUCGGCUUGGCGCGUGGAGCACUGGAAGGCCCUGCACGAGCUCAACCCGCGCGGGGCGGACGAAGCUGCGCUCAACUGGGUGUUUGUGGCGGACUCGCUCAACUUCUCCUUCUGGGCGGAGCAGGAGCAGCACAAGUGUGAGGUGCGCUACGGCGGGACAGCGUACACGGGCUACUGGGCCCUGUGCGCCGCCAUUAACCGCGCGCUGGACCAAGGGAUACCAGUAACAAGCGCCUCCUACUGUGCCACUGUGACCCUUGAUCAGGUUCGGAAUAUAUUUCGUUCAGACACAGCCGUGCCCAUGCCCUUAAUAGAAGAGAGGCAUCGGAUUCUCAACGAAACUGGGAAGAUUCUGCUGGAGAAAUUUGGAGGCUCUUUUCUUAAUUGUGUCCAGAAAAGUGAAAAAAGUGCGCAGAAGUUAAUGCACCUGGUUGUUGAAAAUUUUCCUUCUUACAGAGACGAGACACAGUUUGAGGGGAAAAGGAUCUCCUUUUACAAGCGAGCACAGAUUCUCGUGGCAGACACAUGGAGUGUGUUGGAAGGAAAGGGAGAUGGCUGCUUUGAGGACAUCUCCAGCAUCACCAUGUUUGCUGAUUACAGACUGCCUCAGGUUCUUGCUUACCUUGGAGCCCUGAAAUACUCGGAUGACUUACUAAAGAAGCUUCUCACAGGAGAAAUGCUCUUAAAUGGAGAUAAACAAGAGGUGGAAAUUAGAGGUUGCUCCAUUUGGUGUGUUGAGCUAAUCCGGGAUUGUCUUCUGGAGCUUCUUGAAAAAAGGGGCGAAAAACCUCUUGGUGAGAUCAACGCUGUUCUCCUGGAUUAUCACCUGUGGGACUAUGCCCGAGACCACAGGGACGACAUGAAAGGAAUUCCGUUUCACCGCACACGCUGCAUUUAUUACUGAUCCUGAAUGCUAAUGGAUCCAC